AUGGCCGCUAUCACCUCAUCAUGCGCUGCUCUGCGCCCUGCGGGUGUGCGUGUGUCAGCCCCCCGUCAGGCUCGCUCUCGCGUGGUUGUCGCGGUUGCCAAGACUGAGGAGCAGAAGCCUCAGAAGAUCGCCCAGGUGGCAGCAGCCAGCCUUGCCGCUCUCUUCAUCUUCGCUGCCCCGUCAAUGGCCGUGGACAACUCGCUCCUGAAGAGCAAGGUCUGCGCUGCGCAGCCCACCGCCAAGAUCUGCCUCAGGGGAUCAGCGCUGAAGAAGUGA